GGCGGGCGGGGCGCGGCGGCGGCAGGUGAAGGCGGAGGCGGGGCCGUGGCUCCGGGACCGGUCUGUAGCUCGGGCGGGGUGCGCAGGUGAGGACCAUGGCCAGCCCAGAGGACGACCUCAUCGGCAUCCCCUUCCCUGAGCACAGCAGCGAGCUGCUGAGCUGCCUGAACGAGCAGCGGCAGCUGGGGCUGCUCUGCGAUGUCACCAUCAAGACGCAGGGGCUGGAGUACCGCACCCACCGUGCCGUCCUGGCUGCCUCCAGCCGCUAUUUCAAGAAGCUCUUCGCCGGGCCGGGGCCGGGCCAGGAGGUCUGCGAGCUGGACUUUGUGGGGCCGGAGGCACUGGGAGCGCUGCUGGAGUUCGCGUACACGGCCACGCUGACCAUCAGCAGCGCCAACAUGGGCGAGGUGCUGCGCGCCGCCCGGCUGCUGGAGAUCCCCUGUGUCAUCGCUGCCUGCGUGGAGAUCCUGCAGGGCAGCGGCCUGGAGGCGCCGGGCCCCGAUGACGGCGACUGCGAACGCGCCCGCCGCUACCUGGAGGCUUUCUCCAGCCUGCCCGAGGGUGAGGUGCCUGCCCCGCCGCCCCCCCGCCCCACCCCGCGCCGCAGCAAGAAGACCCGCAAGUUCCUGCAGGCCCGCGGUGCCCAGCUCAACAACCACGCCGCCGAGGAGCCGCCGCCCGCAGCUGAGGCCGAAGGCUCCGUCAGCCCCCCGCUGCCCUCCUCCCAGCUGCCCUCACCCCCUCUGCCCGAGGGGCUCUCCCUGCCCUACGACAGCUUUGAGCUGCCUGAGGAAGAGGAGCUGCCCCCACACUCCUUCCCCUUCCCCUACCAGCCCCCCUUGUCCCCCGAGGAGGCACCUUCUGACGAGGAUCCCAUCGACCCCGACCUGAUGGCGUACCUGAGCUCGCUGCACCACGAGUCGCUGGCGCCCGGGCUGGACAGCCCCGACAAGCUGGUGAGGAAGAGGCGCUCGCAGAUGCCCCAGGAGUGCCCCGUGUGCCACAAGGUCAUCCACGGUGCUGGCAAGCUGCCCCGCCACAUGCGCACGCACACGGGCGAGAAACCCUUCGCCUGCCAGGUCUGCGGGGUCCGGUUCACACGGAACGACAAACUGAAGAUCCACAUGCGGAAGCACACGGGUGAGCGGCCCUACUCCUGCCAGCACUGCAGCGCCCGCUUCCUGCACAGCUACGACCUGAAGAACCACAUGCACCUGCACACGGGCGCCCGGCCCUACGAGUGCUACCUCUGCCACAAGGCCUUCGCCAAGGACGACCACCUCCAGCGGCACCUCAAGGGCCAGAACUGCCUGGAGGUGCGGACGCGCCGCCGCCGCCGCGACGAGCCGGCCCCGCCGCCCACCGGGCCCGCAGGCCUCGACCUCUCCAACGGGCGCCUGGAGGGGCUGCGCCUCUCCAUUGCCCGCUACUGGGCUCCAGGGCAGCCCGAGGAGGAGGAGGAGGAGCAGGAGGGUGAGGAAGGGCCGCAGCCGGACGGCACCGUGCCGGUGGAGACGGCGUAGGGGCGAUGCGGCGGCGGCAGGUGUCGUGGCGUUCCAUGCCGAGCUGUGCCGUGCCCACUGGGGUUUCUGUUCCUGUUUUUCCCGUCACGGUUCAUUCCUAGUUAUGCAAAGGGGGAAAAUCCCCUCGGCCGAUUUGCACAAGGGGGUGGGGGGCCCCUAUCACCCCCCCCCACACCACCGUGCCCGGGCCCACCUGGUCAUGCCCAGGGCGGGUGAUGAUGGGGGGAUCGGGACUUGGAUGUCCCCCCCACCAAACCCCUCGUGGGUGCCAGGACCGGGCAGGGGCACCCAUGGACCAAGGCCCCCCCCCAGGUGGGGAGAGCCCCCCGAUCCUCCCCAGUGGAGGGGGGCACUGCCCUACGCUGUGCAUAGC